UUUUGUGUUCCUGGAUGGAUAUAAUAAUAAUAUUUGUGUUGGAUAUAGUUUAGUUUUUGUGGGAAUAAAGCAAUGCCUUAUGGGAAUAUAGUCCUAGUGUCCGGCCCAGUCCGGCGGAGGAGUUCUUUAACGGACCUGCCGACGUACCAACGUCGACAAAGAAACUUUGGUGAUAUUCGAUACACAGGAAAUACUGAUCCAUCAAGUUAUACACCCACUUAUAGUGACCAUACCCCUCACUACAGAUCUAGUCAUGGAUUCUCAGACUUUCCAAGAGAAUCUUACGUCUCAUCGCCAACUUUAAGUAGCAGAGGUAUAUUCUCCGAUGGUGAUAGUAUGUCCAAGUAUACACGAGGAUAUGACAUAAGUAACAGAAAUACCUCUGACUACACGGCCACCAAAUCGUACGACUCACCAAGAUUUUAUGAUCGAGGUAAAUUUGGUACAGACAGACCUGGUAGUGAGGCUGUAUCUCCUCCAUUUGAAUUUGGUGUCAGUUACAAAAGUCCCAGAACCCAUGACACGAGCACAAAAAGUCAUGACAUCACAACAAGAACUUAUGACAGGAACACAAUAAUUGAUGAUGUCACCACCAGGAGAUCACCUGCUAGAAUCACAAGUAUCAGUGACCGAGAUGUUGUCAACAAACAAGCCCAUGCCGAUGCUCCGUUUGAUAGACGUAGACAGAGGCAAGGGUCCUCUGACUCCUCCAGUAGUCACUCAUCCGAGAAAUCCGGGAGUACCGAUGACAGGUCCCUGUUCAAUGCACUAAAACAUCGUUACAAAGAAACAGCAGAGAAACAGUAUGAUGAUCCUGGUGCGAGGGCGCCGUUUUCGUCAUGGCGACGCAGCGGAAAUUUUGAGGAAAUGGCAUCAUCAAUCGCUCCAGAAGCACAAAAAGAGAAAACAAAGUCACUGGAGCGUAAAACUUACCAUAGAGAAAGUGAUAAGAGUUCUCCACGUGGAGGUUCUUAUCAUGAGGAAGAUUCAAGGUCAAGUUUCAAGGACAUUGAUAGGUCAAGGUCAAAUGUUAAAGACUCAUCUGCUUAUAGUGAAAAGCAUGGGGAGAUAAAAGCCCUUUGA